UUUGAUGGCCGGCAACGCAGCUGCUUCUGGUGACGAUGGUCCAAAACUAUGGGGAGGACGUUUCAAGAAACCUCUCGAUAGCGAGAUGGAGAAAUUCAACGCUUCAAUCGACUACGACAAAAUCAUGUGGUCAGCUGACAUUGACGGAAGCAUAGCAUAUGCCAAAGCACUCGCAAAGACAUCCAUCAUAAGUGCAGAAGAAAGAGACAAGUUAUGCCAAGGCCUGGAGCUAGUAAGAAAUGAAUGGAAAGGCGGAAAAUUUCAGAUAGUUGCUUCGGACGAAGAUAUUCACACUGCGAAUGAGAGAAGACUAACCGAACUGGUCGGAGACGUCGGCAGAAAAUUACACACGGGUCGAAGUCGAAACGACCAAGUAGCUACCGAUACGAGGUUAUGGUUGCGAGAUCGAAUACUAGCCAUUUCAGCUGUCCUCAAAGAAGCUAUAUCUGCCUUUGUAGAGCAAGCUAAAGUGAAUCAAACUGUAAUGUUACCAGGGUAUACGCACUUGCAAAGAGCUCAGCCAAUCAGAUGGUCGCAUUGGUUACUAUGUUAUGCUUCUAUGUUGAAAAGGGAUUUCGAAAGGCUUCAAGAGGUGUAUAAAAGAACGAAUGUUUUGCCACUGGGUUCUGGAGCGUUAGCAGGACACCCCUUUGAUAUCGACCGAGAUUUCCUGGCCAUGGAAUUGAACUUUGAUGGUAUAACUCUGAACAGUUUGGACGGAACCAGUGAUCGAGAUUUUGUGUCUGAGUUUCUAUUCUGGAGCUCAUUGACGUCGACUCAUCUGAGCAGAAUGGCAGAGGAUUUGAUAAUUUACUCGACUAAGGAGUUCUCAUUUGUCACUUUGGCUGAUGAGUACAGCACAGGGUCUAGUUUGAUGCCACAGAAGAAGAAUGCGGACAGUUGUGAAUUGAUUCGAGGCAGAGCUGGGCGACUAACUGGACACCUCACGGGCUGGUUAUGUACCCUGAAAGGACUCCCUCUUACAUACAACAAAGAUCUGCAAGAAGACAAGGAACCUCUGUUCGAUGCCGUAGAAACCAUCACAAGUCUGAUCAAGAUAUCCUGUGGCGUGAUCAAAACAUUAACUGUGAACCCCGAUAAGAUGAAGGCGGCUCUUAGUCCAGAAAUGUUAGCCACAGAUAUUGCUUACUAUUUGGUGCGCAAAGGAGUCCCGUUCCGAGAUGCGCACCAUGUUUCAGGAGAGUGCGUUCAAUUGGCAGAAUCGAAAAAUGUCGAUUUGGACAAGCUGACGGUAGAUGACUUUCUAGCUGUUUCAACCAAGUUUGAAUCCGAUAUUCUGCAGAUUUUUGACUACGAGAAGUCAAUGGAACAAUAUAACGCCAAAGGAGGCACGGGUUCGAAAUCGAUCAAAUGGCAAAUCGAAGUUUUCACUGAUUGGCUGAAGCAAAACUGAAACUCAAGUUCAUUUUGUCGCUAUUUAUCAUGCUAUUUGUAUCAAUUUGACAAUGCCAAAAUUUGCUGUGCAAUAGAAUUAUUGAUGCGUUGCUUAAAUCUAUCCGUAUCUCGAUUUGCAACCACCACUUUUAAGGGCUCUGGAAGGUUAUUUUGAUUAAAAUCGUAAUUUCAUGAGCCAGGAAGCAAUUUAAUUUAUUCAAUAGUUUAUCGAUUGAAGUUUCUGAAAAAAGUGUCUAUCAUUGUUUUGUGGGUGGCUCUGUUAGUAUUUCCCAUUAAUUUGAUGUCUUAGUCUUUAAGCACAAAUUUUGAUUAAACUGUAUUUUACCAUAGCGAUAGCUUAUAUAGCCAUUGUAUACCUUGCUUUGUUUUUGAACUCUUUGUAAACUGAAGAGUAUUCUGCAUGUCUUGAACUUGAAAUUGUAUCAAAACAUUGAAUUUUAAUAUUGCGUCAUUUUU